AGGUGGUUGCUCAGCGGCAUCGAGGAGGAGAAGGAGGAGGGGGAGUUGGAGGAAGAGGAGGAGAGUCAUUACAAGUGGGGUGAGACAAAUGUAAUUUGUUUUGCGACUGGCCCUCUGGCAGACCAGCACAGUCACUCCUCAAACAGCCCCUCACAGGACAGGAAGCCUCCAUGAGCAAGAAAGCAGAAGUUGUCUGAGUCAAAAGAAAGCGAGAGAACUUGUCAACAUGGCCGGGGGCUCGGUGUCUGAGUGCAAGGAGUACUUGUUCAAAGUGCUGGUCAUCGGGGAACUUGGCGUCGGGAAAACCAGCAUUAUCAAACGCUACGUGCACCAACUUUUCUCGCAGCACUACAGGGCGACGAUCGGGGUCGACUUCGCGCUAAAAGUUAUCAACUGGGACAGCAAGACCCUUGUAAGGUUACAGCUGUGGGAUAUCGCAGGUAAGAUAACAUUGGUUUGCUUAACCACAAUCAGCUGGUUUGGGAACCAGCUUUAGGGACGUUUCACUUUUAUUGUUGAGAAACGUUUUAUUACCAUGUCAGAGUUAAACAGCUUUCGGUCACACGCAACCAGAAAUUCCCAUGAGUUUCCACAAGUAUUAGGGGACAUUGAAAAGUCCCAGGUGGCCCUGAAUGCGUGGAGGAUUUUUUUUAGAGAGAAAAUACCGGUUGUUGUUGUUAAUGCUGGUUGUCUUUUCCACUUGAUGAUCACAGCAGCUCAUAAUUGUCAGUGGAAUUUAGGUCACGUUGUUAUACCUAACAGACUGAGCGCCGCCCCCCUCAACCAAACUCACUAUAGUCUUACUUGUUCGUUAUGGAGCACAAUCUGUGUUUACAGAGAGACUCGGCCGGCUCUCAUCUUUAUUUCUCUUCAUAUUGCAGUGCUACUGUAAAACUUCUAAUUUUCAACACCUUUUGAUCACUGUACUUCUGAAAGGAUUUUAAGUAAACUGCAGUGACUUAUUCUCCUCAAAGCGUCUACACUUGGCAAACACACACAGACACACCAAGCGGCGCAUACCAGCAGCUUGGGUAAGCAAAGAAAUCAGAGCAGUGUAAAUAAAAAGUUUCUCACUUGCAGGCGGGCAGACGGUUCAAACUCUCCCAUGUUUGUCAUCUUCAGGCACAGAAAUAUCUCACUGUAAACAGAAUGAGUCUGAAAAUGAUGUGCUCAACAAGAGCAGGUGGGAAAGAGAGUGAGGGAAGAGUGGAAAAGGACAAAAUAUUUUAAAGCACCAGAAGCAGGUUGGCCACAGUUGAAUCAGCAUGAACAAGGCUGUAAUGUGGGAUGCAUGUGAUGGCCCAUUAGAGGCUAUCCCUCCUUAAUUAAUGAGCAUUUUAUUUCUCCAAAAGCACAUAGGUGAUCUGGUAUCAGGGUAUGUGAAACUGCUUGCUCAUUUCAUGAGUAACUCAUAAGGCAAACUUACAGUGGGUGGUUUUAUUGGAGAAGUAAUAAGACCACAUGGCUUCAGGGUCCUUUUGUGCAUGUGCAAGUGGUGUACUGCCAUGAAAAUGCCAACAGUUAUAUCUACAGUCAUUUCUUGAACCUAAGUCACCUUGAUUGUGCACUUUAUAAGUAAAUAUUCCUGUGAUUGGCUGAUACACAAUUGCAAUAAUAACAGCAUGAGAACUGUAUUGUGUUUUUGUUCAGUCGUAGAGCAAAAAGCAUGUCACAUGCUCAGAGGGUGGAAGUAGUUAAUAAUCCUGCGAGAAGUAAGACUUUAAGGGUUUCUCAAGAAUAUGUAUCUACAAUGCACAAAAGGUACAAGGCUGUUAAUCACAACUAUGGUGAUAGAUUACCCUUGUUUUCCAAACUACCCAUUGUUGCUAAAAACGACCAUGUGCAAGUGUGCAGUGAGAGAAAAUCAAUCAAUCAACCUUUCUUUGUAUAGCACUUUUCCUGCAAAACAAUGUAGCACAGAGAAAUACUCAACUCUCCCCCACCCCAUCCCCUCACUUGCACUCCACAAUCUAAGCACAACAGAAACGAGUAUUAAAAUGCAUUCACCUGAAAAGCUGAAAAGGUUUAUUAAAAACAGUUAUGUGCCCACUGAGGAAACGCCAUCUUAAAACUCAAGAUGGGAAACACUCAAUGUUGGGUUAAAGUCUAAAGACAAAGUAACAUAAAAUGAAAUUUAAGAAAUAAUAAAUAGAAAUGAAAUGAAAACAAAGUAAAAAGAUACUGAGAUAAAAGCACCAAAGUAGCUAAAAAAGAUGAUCCUGACAUUAAAGGUAAAAAGCAAUCAAUGGUAAAACACUCAAACAAAGUUAAAUUCAUGAUUGAAGUUAGAAAAGGGAAUGUUUGUAGCACAUUGUGUUCUCAUUAGGGUUUGUUGUAAAAUGUUUUAUUGACCGGUAUGUAAUUCUGACAGUCAGCUGUUUUUCUUUUGAGUAAAUAGUGUGUACGUUUUUGUGAAAUAAUAUGUUCAGGAUUUUUAAGCCUGUCUUGACAUUCAACAUCAUGAACCGCAAGGAUUUAUUGAUUUUUUUUUAGUUGUUUUCAGCUCCAUUGUUCACUAAUAAGUUAAUAUAAUGUAUAGUAGAAGCACAAGUUUUAGUCAAAGAAGUACAAGUCUUUGCGAGAACCUUGAAAUUUGUCCACUCUGGUAUAAAAGAGAUUAGUCCUAUUUCUAAAGCCUCCAUGAUUUCGCUGAUCCAUCUUCUCUUCCUUGAUCAGACAAACCUCAUAUGCUGAGGAGGAUCAGGACAGAUUGUUCGAGGACUGCUGUUUUUAUUUAUUCCAUUGCUAACAGCAGUGACAGGAAGACAGCAGACAGUUGGGUGCCUGUGUCUGUCUGUGUGUAGGGUUGUCGUCCACAACAACUUGCAUGUCUGUCACUGACUGAUUGGCAGUGUGGGCCACAUUGCCUGCUGUCACUUGGGCCCCAGUAGCACACGCUCAGUGCAGAGGGGCAUCUGUGACUGAGAGAGGGAAGGCUGGCUGCCGGUCACAGCCAGACAACACUGGAUCAGAGGAUCUGUAAGGGUGAAUAAAACAAUGUCUCACACAGAGAGCAGCUGAUAUAAUUCAUGAGGACGGAGGAACAUGCUUGCACAUAUUUGGCCGAAAGAAGUGUUAACAUGCACACACACACCCUGACCAGAAACAGAGGUUAGAUGACACAGAUGGUAAACCUCAUUAUUCACACCUACACCAAGGCCAAGCUUGAGGACACUCCAAGAAUAAGUGACAAAAUGUGGGUGUGAAAUCUGGAACUAUAUUCGCCAAGUCGUUAAGAGCAGCCAUUAAGCUAUUUAAUCAUGCAGAAAAAGAGGAAGAAUUAUCUUCUUGGCAAUGCUGUGAGAGCAACUUUGGAGUUGUGUGUCUUUUUACCAACCCUUUAAUAAUAAUUACAGUCUAGAAGCAAUGAUAGUAAUCAGUGGCUUGCACAAGAUGGGGACCCACAUGCAAGUCAUUGAGGCUCCUGGCUCGCCCACACCCCUUUCACCCAGAAUAGCAUUCCUUUUCUGGAUCCCUGAGCUGGUAGGCAGGAUAACUACCGCCAUGGCAUAAUGUAAAACAGCCUGCACCUGGACAAAACAUCUGACAUGUUCCCACUGAAGCUAUUUUCUCUGAUGCCACUUUUACACAACUCCCAUUCAGUUAUAAUGGCACUGAUGUAUUAUUUAUGUCUCAUCUGUGUGUCUUAAAGAAGAAUCAGUGCUAGUGAAGGACAAAAAGAGAUUUUGUUUGUUUUCUCACAUCUGUAGUCUCAUGGUGAGCCUCUUGUCAGCUUACCCUGGUCUUGCAGUUGCCUCAGUUUAGGAUCUCAGCUAGAAGAAAAAUGAGACUAGUGAGAAAGUUUUAGUCUUGUAGAAAACAGCAAAAAAAAAAAAAAAAUCUUCUGAAAAUCACAGUCCCAUGUUGCGAAAGAUAGACUAGGAAUAUUGAAAUAUGUCCAAAAGAUGUAUAUGUUUUAUACAAGCAAGUCUGUGGAACCCAAACCACUGAUUUCCAAUGCAAUUCAUAACAUCUAUACAUUUCAAAUGCGCUAAAACAGUCAAUUAAACUACCGGGGAGCACAGAAGCUAUAGUUUUCAGGAAUUAAAAUAGUGUUUAAUUUAUGUUUGUUAACAAAUAUUCCAACAAAAAUGUGAGUUUAGUGGCUUUAAUUUAGUGAGGAUUAGCUGCUUUUUCUGUCUCAUAUAGUUGUUGGUUACCGUGAGAUCUUUGCAACUAAUUAAGAAGGAAAAAUGAGACAUAGAGCACACAGAAGAGUGCCAAAUUAUUGCUUAAAUUCAUUCCUUAAUUCAAUCUUGUUUGUCUUUGGUCUUUUGUAAUUUCUUGCAGGGUCCGGUUGGAGAAAUAGUUUAAUAUUUCUCCAUUUUGUCUCACAAGAUCAAACUGAGCAGCAGAUAAGCAAAAGAUUUUCUGCCAUGGGAGUGGUUGAUUUAAUGCUAAUAGUCCAAACCAAAUGCUCUUGGCAUAAGGUCAGAGGAAAGGGGCCGCCAUGUGAAUAGGAUGAAAUUUAGUUGAAGCAGGCAGUCACACAUCAACUGGAUGUUAAUCACAGUUUUUCAUGACCGAAAAAGCCAAGCCCAUGACACUUUACUCCCUGAAGAUUGACUCCUCUUUUUCCCAAAAAACAGCAGAAGUUUUGCAAUUUUGGGAGUCAGCAGGAGAUACAAUAAUUUCAAUGCUAUUUGGGUUCUUACCAGAUCAUUCCUAACAGCUAGACACAAAUGAGUGUUUUUGUUUGUUACUUCUCAAAGGUUCAGAGAGUCCCUUAAUUGUGGCUAAAUCUGACACUCUUUCAGUCCACACUCGACUGGGACCUUCUAUGUCAGAGUCAUUAACAUUUUUGUGGUAAAAAAAUGUCAUAAAGUUAACAGAAGUUUAAUAGAUAUUCAGUUUAUUGUGGGAUAAGAAAAAGACAAACACUGUCACACAGGAAAGUAAAAACAGGUAAUCACAGUGACAUUGACACCAUUGUGUUGAUAGGCAAAAAGAUAAGUAGACUGUCACAGCACUAGUUUGUAGCUGUUGAACAAAGUUGUGGCAUUUGUGAGAAAUGUGAAGCAUUUUACUGAUAGCCUUAUACAACGACAUGCCAUAGCUAUAUUUACUACAAACUGUGACAAAGUACUUUGAAACAUUUUGUUGCCUGUUUUAGGUAAAUGCACAGAUUUUUCACGACAGUUAAACGGAUCAUGUGCAUGUUGUGCUUAAAAUUCCCCCACAAAUAUACUUGUUCUGAACUUAAUUCCUACCAACUUAUGCUGCAGCUUUACAUUGAUCAUGAUCCAGCAGACCAUAAGUUGAAGAUGAGGGGAAAACAAAGGUAGUUGCACAUAAGUUUGGGGAAUUUUCCCUGAACUCAGCUUGGGCGCAGUGGUAAGCUCUAGAAAGUCACUCCUCACAUGCUGCUCAGUGGAAUUUGAACGUGCCGGUCAUGUGUUGUCCAGAGUUACUGCUGUAAAUCUCAUGCUAGUGACUACCUCAGAGACUGGACCCUGCUCUGGCUUGGUCAUUUCAGUUAAGAGGGCGUGCAGGGAAGUUUCACAGCCAGUUGCCUCCUAACAACAGACAGAGACUCCUGCUGUUGCUACUGCCGUGUCUGGCUUGGACAGUUUCUAUGGUAACCCGCCCACAUGAUAGCAGUAUGUACAACCGUAAAGGAAACUGGGGUUGCCAGGGCUAUGGAUAAUGAUGAGACUUUUUCUUUCUGUUUCUCCCACACAACAAACAGAUAUGAUACAGAGGCUGAAACCAAACAGCUUCCCUUUUAUCAAGUUGCUCUCUCUAUAGAUUCCUAAAGUUUUCAUGCGCAUGUACCCAGAUUACAUAAUUGUCCCUAAGGUCAUGCACCAGCACCCAUCAACUUAACCGCAAUGUCAGUUAAAGCCUUUCCAUGGUAGUUUCUUUUCUGUGUUUCUGUACAGAUUCAGACACACUUCUCUUUAGUUAAGAAGCAUGCUGAGCAGCAGGACACGCCUUUGUUCUCUCUUAGAGUCUCAUGGUCUUUCGUGUUAUUCAGGGUGUAAAUACUCCAUUGUUCAGUCAGCUCAGCCCACUCCUGUGCCUUAUGCUGAUUUGUUUAGCAGCAUAUGACACUCAUUAAUGUUUGUGGUAUGAUUUUAUAAGUUCUUUAAAUAGAAAGUGAUGCAUUGCUUCCGUGAGAAUACAAUGAAAACUCAAGAAACACGAAUCAUGAGAGUCAUGGAAAAGUAGUGCUGGGCGAUAGGACGAUAGAUAUUGUGGGCACGAUAGAAAAUGUCUAUCGUGCCAUUUUUAUUUUUAUCGUUUCGGGCGAUAGGCUGUAUUUUAUCCAUAGGGCUUGAGCCAUCAGAUGAUUCAUAGUAACAACAACAAUAAUUGCACAUUCAGUAAGUGUAUUUGGUGUCAAACGGGAAAGAAAACAAUAUUUUCUUACAAAGAAAAGGAUGCGUUGACAUGUAGGCUUGCAUUUCUCUUUCGAUUUUGCGACAUGACGCCGCUUUACGUGCCCUCUUCGUGUCCAGCGUCUCCCGCCGUUGCGGGUUACCUGGGUUACACACGUGAGGGGAUCAUCGUAAGCUGUGCUUAAUUUGUGCCGGAGCAAGUCGGAGCGCGAUCCGGGACCUCUUUUGAUCAGAUCCGGGACCUAUUUCAGCCGCUCCGGCACCUGUUUCAUCUGCUCCGGGACCUUCCCUGUAGAGGAUGACAUUUUUCGGGAAUUGCCGUGGGUCACGUGAUUCCCGCGGGAAUCCCACGGGAUGGGAGUCAUUUUUAAAUUAAUCCCUUGAUCGGGACGGGACGGGACGGGAAAAAAGGCAACGGGAGUGGGAAGGAGCGGGAACAACAUUAAAAGAUGAUCAUUUUCAGCCGUGUUUAACAACCAGAUGAACAGGUGCGUCCAUUUUUGUAGUCAUCUCUCAGUGAGAGCCAACACUCUUGACCGCUUCAACACAAAAGAACUACAACAGUGGUUUGACUUCCUGUCAGCUGGGAGCGCGGCUGCGCAUUUCUACCCUUCAAGCCAGCAGCGAGGAAACGUAAUUUUGUGACAUUCUGUAGUUUUUCAAUCAUUUCUGGAGUCAUGGCGAAUCAAAUCACCUUACCUGUCUGCCCCUGAUAGGCGAAUAAAGCGCUCGGAUUCAUGCUCGGGUCUUGCUACGUGCUUCAAGAGUAAAGUAAACAAUGAUGGAGGCAGAGAGCAGCUUUGGAGGAGAAACAUCUAGCAGUGUGAACAACCUCUUCAAAAGAGCCUCAAAGACCUACCUUUUUAAUAAAGCCUUUGGUUAGUUUUCCUCUAUGCUUUAUGCUUUUACUACCUUGCCUCUUACAUUGCAACUCUAUAUUUUUUAUUUUUUUUAAUUCUUUUUUUAUGCCAAUCUGUGACUGUCAUUCUAUUGCUUUUUUAUUGUUGCUGCUCUUUUUUUACUGUGUACUGUAGCACUUUGAGAUUUUUUGUAAAUGUAAAGUGCAUUACAAAUUAAAUUUAUUAUUAUUAUUAUUAUUAUUAUUAUUAUUAUGGAGUGCUUUGGCUCACACUAUCGGCGUUUUCUGUGAGUGUUGCAUAACUUUGGGUGAGCACAGACAUGAAAGCACUUCGGCCACGUAUUUAUUUAUUCAUUUUUCUAGUUUUAAGUGCUGGUCUUGUACUGGUACUGUACUAGUGCAGCUGUAUACACUUAAAUUUUUCAUAGAACUGAAAGCAUACCAUAGCUAUAUCGUGAUAUAUAUCGUUAUCGUGAUAUAAAAUGAUCCAUAUCGUGAUAUACAUUUUUUUUCCAUAUCGCCCAGCACUAUGGAAAAGUAUAAAAUACAACUGCUAUCACCCAUAAGGACCUUCAUGUUUACAUUAUGAGAUUCAUAGCACAGAGAGAGAGCUUUGCUUCAUACACUAAUCAUAAUCCUGGUGUGUUUCAUGUUCAUAAACUUUACAAAAGAAAUAAGUCUCUACAGACAAGGAGUAAAACGCAACUUAAAGUUGGGAUUUGAUAAAAUGAGAUGACUUAAUCUACAGAAGCUGGGUAGGGAAGGAUAUUCAAUCAGCUGCUUUUUGAACAGUUUUUUUUGUCAUUUUUUAAGCAAAACAAAAGUGGUUUUAGUCCCUAAAAUGGAAGUGUUUUACCAUUGUUCAUGUAGUAUGCCAUAAUUAAGUGGAUAUUUUCAGAUUUUUUUUGACUGUUAAUUGAAUAAAAGAUAAUUAAUAAAGGAACUGAGGGCUGUGGGGCACUGGGUUAUUGGGGACAAGGUUACUGAUAAAAAUGAUCUUAUUGUCAUACAAUGAACUAAAAUCCACAACGGCUGAAACCUGAAUCAACUUAUUCCUCUGUACUCCAUAUUGUGUAGCCAAAGCAGGAUUCACUAAACAUGGGCCGUGUUGUUUAGGAAAUAUCAGAUUUUACCAUGUCUUUGCUAUAAAUUACAAUGAGUUCUCAUUCCAAGGCCAAAAAUGCCACCCACAUCAUAUGUUGCUUAAUCCCAAUAGAGUCCUAUUCCUGUUCUUCUAUUGGAUCUUCAAAUUUUACAGAAACAACAACAGCCUCUCCCUUUGACCACCAACAACUUAAUGCAUAACAGUUUCAUUCUGGGGAGACCACAUUGGUUUUUAUCCUGUGAAAAGUGCUAAAUUUGCUCCUUUUUGCAGCUGCAGCAGCCAAACUGAGUUGGAAUAAUGAUCAUAUAACUCAUGACACUUGAAGGCAUCAUGAGAUUUGCUGCCAUUCAAUGUGAGUGACUUCUGCCCAAUACCCCAAUGAUGCAUUACAGUCUACAGCAGACAGGCAGCUGAGUAUCUGUGAGCAUGCAGUUGCAUACUAGCUCAGAUGCAGCUACAAUCAAUGGUAGUGAUUGGUAUAAUCAACCCCUUCAAGUCUUUUUUAUGUUGCCACUUCUCUCCAAGGAGUAGCAAGGUUAAUAUCAGGGGUCUGGCUGUGCUAAGGCAUUAACACAGCAAUGAGGAACAGAGCCCUCAGGAAGAUCAGGAGGAGUGUUGAGUGUAGACGAUGACAUGCUGUCCGUGGGGCCUUAGAGGUUAUUGAUCCAUUUGUCCUCAGCCCCUGGACUAAAUGAAUGGUUGUAGUUAUUCACAGCUUUUAUUCAUUCCUGUGGCAAAUCAAAACUGAAUUAAACAAGUGAUUUGGCAAAAAGACAUGUUCCCUGUCUCUUUCCAUGUUUUUUCUCAAGUUUGAUGUGUUAUGGAUGUCAGACUCUAAUCAGUCUGGGGACUAGUUUUCCAUUCAUUGUUAACAACAGCUUUUUUUGAAAUGUCCAAUUCCAUCAUUGCCCCCUGUCAUAAGAGUCAAAAUUACAGUUCAACUGCAGCUCCUCUCAGCAAGCUCAACUUGCUGCUGUGAUGUCUGCCGACUGCCUUGUGUUAGGAUCCAACUACUUUGGUUGUAAAAUAUCUGGCAAAUAUUGACGACAGACUCUUCUUAAUGUUAGGCAACUUCAAAGACAAUGGACAGUUCUUGUCUAUCUUGUCACAUUCUAACAUAGAAUUUGAUGGAAUUAGCACAUAUUUUCCCCUCUCUAAUAGGCCUGGACGAUAUAGAAAAAAAGCAUAUCGAUAAAAAAUAAAUCAUAUUGAUCGAUAUCGAUAAUUAUCGAUAUAAUUAUUAUAAUUAUUUAACAUAUAUUUUAAUUGCAGCCCUGGAUGUUUUAUGCUAUUGCUUAAUGACCUACUUUUAAUAAAGAACACAUAAGCACUGAAAUCAAAUUCAAACCUUUAUUCAACCACCUUUUUAUUUUUUUUUUUACCACAACUGAAAGUUUUUUAAAAAAGAACUUAAAAAAAAAAAAAAGAAAUCAACUUAAGUGGCCUGAGUGACGUCAGUAAAUACUGACAAACAUAAAGACUAAAGUGACCAGAAAAUCUGAUAAAUAAAUAUUUAAAUAGUCUUUUGAUGAAAAUAAACAAAACAAACAAAUAUAUAAAUAAACAGAAUAGCUUUAGGUGGGAAUAGCAUACUACCAGUUUUAACUGUGUGAGAAACUGCCCACAGCCUGGUGUCUGAACACUGAAAUAUUUCUCCCGGGGUCGGGAGAUUUAUUUUACGUAUCAUGUGAUUGACUUAAUACGCAAACUGAGCACGAGAAGCAGGACUUAUCCACACCGGUGUUGUGUCGUAGAAUGCACCCCUGCCGAACGCACCCCCUGCUAGUAGCCAUGAUCCAAAUACUCGCGUCUUUGUAAAAUAUGAGCUCAUUUUCUUCCACUUUAAGAAGCUAAUGAGUGGACAGGAUGCAGGGGUGCAUUCUACAGCACAACACCGGAACGUAUUUCCUCCGCACCCUUCUCAGCUUUUCAACCCCUGACCCGUUUUCAUGCCUGAAGCGCUGUGUUUGAGAAAUACUUGCGGCCGGGCACUUCAUAUCGCGGGUCAAGAGUGGCUAGAAGCUGGUCGAAGCCAGGCUUUUCAACGGUAGUUAUUGGCAGUAUGUCCCUCGCUAUGGAGCAUGUCACUGCAUGGGUGAUGUCCUUAUGCCGCUUGGACGCUUUGUCGUAUUUUGGCAAGAAACGAAGUCCAGUUUGGUCUGCUUCACUUGCUUUGUGCUGGCAGCGGUUCCAGAGGAUUCCUCCGACGACGACGUGGAGUCGUGGCGCGGCCGACACAGCUCGUACUCCUGCGGGUGCGAUCGGUUUAGAUGGUAAAACAAGUUGGUUGUGUUACCAGACUUGGUUUUUACUAAUUCUCUGCAAAUUUGGCAAACGACCGCUGUUCGCUUUUUGUCAGACUUGUAAAAACCAAAACAUUGCCAUGCUGGUGAACUACUGAAACCUUUUUUCGGGACAAUUUCCUCCGCUUCUCCUUGCUGUAACAUUAUUUCUAAUACACGUGCUGUCUGUUGUGGUUUGAGAGGGGCUGGGCUUGGUGCUGUAGCAUACCUGGGUCUGCGUUUGUGAUUGGUUGGGAGGAAGUAAUGACUGUAGUAAAAGCUACAUGAUAGGCUAUGAUGAAAAAGAAAGGGAAACUGUGUUUUUCUAUUGAACUUUUUAUCGACCCGUUUUUUUUCUAUCGCACCACACGUCUAUCGAUCGAUAUAUAUUGUAUCGAAUUAUCGUCCAGCACUACUCUCUAAUACAUUGACUAAAAAGCUGAAAAGCAGUUGUAAUUGUAAAAUACAUAAACUAAGUACUUAAGCGUACGGCAAUUUCCCUAUGGAAACACACCUCUCAUGAGCGAGGAACUGAAUCCCUAGCUAGCGUUAGGCUACAUCAACUUGGAGUAUUCAAAUUAACUUUUGUUGUGUCAACAAGAUUUUCACAUUAGGUUGUAUCACUUCUCAGCUGACCUUUUUACUCCAGAGUUGGGGCUGAAUGCUGACUUGUCUUGUCUGAUUAAAGACUGAAGCUAAGGGCGUGAACAUACAGGAUCCAUAUUUAGCGCAUAUCUGCAGCAUCGUGUAUCAGGCGGCAAAAAAGUUACCAUUCUAAUAAAUGCAGCAUCUCAUACAGGACACAUAUCAGGUCAGUCACAGCAUUGUAUCGAGAGCAGCAGUGCUAAAUAUAUGCGACGAGUUUAUUUUUGCUGCUCUACACUUCCAAUGCGUGACAAUCCACACAGAGAAGAUUGUUCGAGACAGAAUGCCAGGCACAAAAACUGCGCAUGUCAUCCGGUAUUUCAAAAUAAAACACCAUAUGCAACAUCCCUACUGUGUAUACGAUACGAUACAACUUUAUUGUCAGCUUGCGCUGAAAUUUGUCUUGCCUCCAUGGCUUCACCGUUCUGGACAUAGACAGGACACAGCAAUACACUAUAAUCACAGUACAUUACAAGACAGGACAGUAGACAAUAAGGGGACCCAUCACAGCAUCAGAAAGAGAAAAAUAAAAAUAAACUUAUCCUCUGAGUUAUUGAUUCUGGUUCAAAAGCAGAACGGACUGAUGAACAAAACAGUUCUUUAGUCUGUUUUUCUUGAAUGUGGGAACUCUAAAAUGCCUCCUGAAGGGCAGCAGCUGGCAUUAUCCAUUUAAUACAUGUAAGGGAUCGGAGGUAUCAGUUCGUGUAGAUGAGAAAUACUUCCUGGUUAUGGAUUUAUCAGUAACACAGAACAAUCCAAUGAUCAAUCCCUGAUCCAUGUGGACCCCAACAGGACUUUUAACUGCUAACUGUCUGAAGGUAACAGCACAGCAAGAAGGAACAUAGUUCACGUUUUUAAACCAGAGUAAACCUUGCAAAAAACGAAACUGUAAUACCACAUUGCUUUUUACAUGUAGGAGAGGCUCAACUGUCACUGAAUUAUAUCCAAAUUAGCAGGAAAUAGACCACAGAAAGGCAAAACAACCUGUUGUGAGCAUAUUGUUUCCGCUAUACUGAGCCCAGCUGACCGGGGCUGCACUACGCUGCUGCCACGCUCCAAAUAUGCAUCCUGUGUGCGAUACCCAGGGCUGCUUUAUGGAGCAAAUACGGAACACGCUCAAUCCUGUAUGUUUUUGGUUUAACAGUACUUUUCAACCACUGACUGGCGAUCGUCACAUAAGCUUAGAGGUGAAGUCUUAGCUAACACUAUUGAGUAAUGAUAUGCUGUUUUGGUGUGAGUCAUGGUUCUAUGUUUCUGGAUAUUUAUCUGUUUGUUGUUUUUACUUUUCACCAAGGUUAUACAACAAGAAUGUGUGAAUUUCUGAACCUGGGCGUGAAACAAUAGAUAAAGAAGGGACUAUCACUGUAGCAUACAGCUAACAAGCUAACUGUAAUUGUUACACACAUACUUGAAUGUGAGUCACCUGAUUUAACUGAAAGUUAAUAAUUUCUUUAUCAGGCUUGCAAAUAGAAUGAAAAUCAACUGUGAAAUGAUGAAGAAAAUAUAUUUUUUUAUUCUUCUCUCCAUUUUCCUCCAUUCUGCUGGAUUUAAUUAGAUACAAGGCCCGGAAAUGAAAGCCUUAUUUCUGUCUACAGUCUCUUUAUUCCACUGUGUCGUGUCUCUGGUGAAUUCACCUGGGGUUACAUGGGCUAAAAUUAGACUCUCAAUUAUGAGCAAUUACUGUCAGGCCUGUGGGCCCCACAGUGUAUUCACUCUCUAGCUCACACCCGCACUGCGCCCAUCACUUCACUUCCCUGUGUGCUAGGGUAAGUUGCUGCAGCAAAGUGAAAGUAAGCAGCACUCACAGUUCCUCAAAUUAUUUUUUUGGUUCAUCUUUGGUUUGUGAAGUAAUUCCUAGCUUUCUGAUACAUUUUACAAUUACACUUGCUCUUCAGCUUUUUCUACAGUGAAUUAAUACGGGGGAAAUAUGUGCUAAAUCCAUCAAGUACCACCUUAAGUCUCUGUAAGCCUGAAAUUGUUUCAGGGACAGACUCUAAAGAAGUUGAAUGAACAGCUGCAUUCAUGGCACCGUCUAUUAUUUACUGAAAAUAAGUUACAGGCAUGAAAAACCAAAACCAAAACACGAUUGCAAUCUUCCAUCACAGGAAGAGUAAUAGCCAAGACCAUCUUAAUCAAGAUCAAGUCAUGGACAUCACAGAACAAGGGCAGAGUGUAUGUAGGCUUUGACAAGACUGAGACCAGGCCACAAUGAGUCCCAAACUACAUGACACAAUCAUAGCAAAAUGUGCAGCAAGACCUUUUGAAAGGUUCAUAAAUGUGUGUCCUUUUUCCCUCUGAAGGAAAAAAUCAGGGGGUGAUGAUCAGCUACAGUUGAAACCAGAAGUUUACAUACACUACAUAAAAAGGCACAUAACCUUUUUUUCCUCACCUCCUAACAUGCAAUCAUAUUCAACUUUUCCUGUUUUUUAUAAAAUUGGGAUUACCAUUUUUAAAAAAAUAUAUUUUAUAUUAGUGCUGGGCGAUAUGGAAAAAAAUGUAUAUCACGAUAUGGAUCAUUUUAUAUCACGAUAACGAUAUAUAUCACGAUAUAGCUAUGGUAUGCUUUCAGUUCUAUGAAAAAUUUAAGUGUAUACAGCUGCACUAGUACCAGUACAACACCAGCACUUAAAACUAGAAAAAUGAAUAAAUAAAUACGUGGCUGAAGUGCGUUCAUGUCUGUGCUCACCCAAAGUUAUGCAACACUCACAGAAAACGCCGAUAGUGUGAGCCAAAGCACUCCAUAAUAAUAAUAAUAAUAAUAAUAAUAAUAAAUUUAAUUUGUAAUGCACUUUACAUUUACCAAAAAUCUCAAAGUGCUACAGUACACAGUAAAAAAAGAGCAGCAACAAUAAAAAAAGCAAUAGAAUGACAGUCACAGAUUGGCAUAAAAAAAAGAAUUAAAAAAAUAAAAAAUAUAGAGUUGCAAUGUAAGAGGCAAGGUAGUAAAAGCAUAAAGCAUAGAGGAAAACUAACCAAAGACUUUAUUAAAAAGGUAGGUCUUUAGGGCUCUUUUGAAGAGGUUGUUCACACUGCUGGAUGUUUCUCCUCCAAAGCUGCUCUCUGCUUCCAUCAUUGUUUACUUUACUCUUGAAGCACGUAGGAAGACCCGAGCAUGAAUCCGAGCGCUUUAUUCGCCUAUCAGGGGCAGACAGGUAAGGUGAUUUGAUUCGCCACGACUCCAGAAAUGAUUGAAAAACUACAGAAUGUCACAAAAUUACGUUUCCUCGCUGCUGGCUUGAAGGGUAGAAAUGCGCAGCCGCGCUCCCAGCUGACAGGAAGUCAAACCACUGUUGUAGUUCUUUUGUGUUGCUAGCGCGGUCAAGAGUGUUAGCUCUCACUGAGAGAUGACUACAAAAAUGGACGCACCUGUUCAUCUGGUUGUUAAACACGGCUGAAAAUGAUCAUCUAUUAAUGUUCCCGCUCCUGCCCACUCCCGUUGCUUUUUUUCCCGUCCUGUCCCGAUCAAGGGAUUAAUUAAAAAAUGACUCCCAUCCCGCGGGAAUCACGUGACCCACGGGGAAUCCCCGAAAAAUGUCAUCCUCUACAGGGAAGGUCCCGGAGCACAUAAAACAGGUGCCGGAGCGGCUGAAAUAGGUCCCGGAUCCGAUCAAAAGAGGUCCCGGAUCGCGCUCCGACUUGCUCCGGCACAAAUUAAGCACCCUUACAAUGAUCCCCUCACGUAUGUAACCCAGGUAACCCGCAACGGCGGGAGACGCUGGACACAAAGAGGGCACGUAAAGCGGUGUCAUGUCGCAAAAUCGAAAGAGAAAUGCGAGCCUACAUGUCAACGCAUCCUUUUCUUUGUAAGGAAAUAUUGUUUUCUUUCCCGUUUGACACCAAAUACACUUACUGAAUGUGCAAUUAUUGUUGUUGUUACUAUGAAUCAUCUGAUGGCACAAGCCCUAUGGAUAAAAUACAGCCUAUCGCCCGAAACGAUAAAAAUAAAAAUGGCACGAUAGACAUUUUCUAUCGUGCCCACGAUAUCUAUCGUCCAAUCGCCCAGCACUAUUUUAUAUGCUAAAUGCCAGAAUAAUAAGAGAGACCAUUUUUUAUUAUUUUCUCAAGAGUCAAAAGUUUACAUACAUUUCAUUUAUUUGGUAGCUGCGUUUUAAUUGUAUGACUGGGGUCAAAUGCCUCGGAUAUGCUUCCACAAGCUUCUCACAAUAGUUUGCUGGAAUUUUGGCCCAUUUCUCCUGACAGAACUGGUGUAACUGAGCCAAAUUUGUAGGCCCCCUUGCUCACGCAUGCCUUUUCAGUUCUGCUCAUAAAUUUUCAAUAGGAUUGAGAUCAGGGCUUUGUGAUGGCCUCUCCAAAACAUUGACUUUGUUAUCCUUACGCCAAUUUAUUACCAGUUUAGUAGUAUGCUUAGAAUCACUAUCCAUUUGGAAAACCCAUUUGUGACCAAGCUUUAACUUCCUGGCUGAUGUCUUGAGAUGUUGCUUCAGUAUUUUCACAUACUGUUCCUUCCUCAUAAUGCCAUCUAUUUUGUGAAGUGCACCAGUCCCUCCUGCAGCAAAACAACCCCACAACAUGAUGCUGCCACCCCCAUAUUUCACAGUUGGGAUGGUGUUUUCAGGCUUGCAAGCUUCCCCUUUUUUCCUCCAGAUGUAACAAUGGUCACUAUGGCCAAAAAGUUCCAUUUCUUUUUCAUCAGACCACGGGACAUGUCUUCAAAAAUUAAGGUCUUUGUCCCUGUGUGCAUUUGCAAACUUUAAUCUUGCUUUUUAGGUUUCUUUUGGAGUCAUGGCUUCUUCCUGGCCUUUCAGCCCAUGUCAGUACAGGACUUGUUUCACUGUUGAUAAUGACACACUCUUACCAGCUUCAGCCAGCAUCUUCACAAGGUCUUUUGCUGUUGUUCUUGGGUUGAUAUUGACAUUUCAGACCAAAGCACGUUCAUCUCUGGGACACAGAACUCGUCUCCUUCCUGAGCGGUAUGAUGUCUGGACAUUCCUAUGGUGUUUAUACUUGCGUACAAUUGUUUGAACGGAUGAAUGUGGCACCUUCAGGCACCUGGAAAUUGCACCCAAGGAUGAACCAGACUUGUGUAGGUCCACAAUUCUUUUCCUGAUAUCUUGGCAGAUUUCUUUUAAUUUUUCCCAUGAUGUUACACAAAGAAGCAGUGUGUUUCAGGUGUGCCCUAAAAUACAUCCACAGGUGUGCCUCAAAUUAACUCAAAUGUUGUCAAUAAACCUAUAUGAGGCUUCCGAAGACACGAUAUCAUCAUCUGGACUUUCCCAAAUUGUUUAAAGGUAUAGACAUCUUAGUGUAUGCAAACUUUUGACUCUUGAGAAAGUAAUAAAAAAUUGUGUUAAAAAUGUGUUAAACCAAAAACAGGAAAGGUUUAAUCUGAUUUAAUGUUAGACGGUGAGAAAAAAAAGGUUAUGUGCCUUUCUAUAUAGUGUAUGUAAACUUCUGGUUUCAACUGUACAUGAGGUCAAUGAAAAGACCUGGAGAAAUAAUUAACUUAUGGAUUGUGUGUUAUUAACUCUUAAUUUAGGUCAAUUUAGCUAAAAUCAAUUGAAUUGAGGUAGAUGGUCUAGUAUUUGUAGUGAAAGGUGUAUAAUCUGUCUUUAAGGAGGACAAAUUAGUUGAUAAAUGUUCUGACUGGGCUUGACAGUGUUGGGAGAUGGUUAUAAUGUUUUCAUAAGACUUUUUAUUAAGUAUUUAAUAAUUUAAAAAGAUAGUCAGCCAGACUCACUGUUCCAGCUCACAUAAGUGUGCUUGACAAUGUGACAUAAACCAAAUAGGACCAGAGAUACCUUUCACCAGUUGAACCAUAGAUUUACUUCCCCGUUGAAGCCCUGUGCUGUAUGCCUCACUGCACAUUUAUGCUAAUACAAAGUGACUUGGGUAGACUGGAAGGUAUAUUAGAGCAUGUUCCUUAUCGCUCAAAUCAAGGGCCUGUUUCCUCUUUAACGUUUCAUUUGAAAUGGUCUAUUUAUUAUAAGGAAGUUUGAUAACAUCUAGCCAUUUUCAUGGAUGCAGUCAUUUUACAUGACUGUGAAGCAGUAGCAUUUGGAAGACUCAAACUCACCUCAAAAAAAGAAACUAAAAGAAGGAAUGACAUCGAAAGAUCCAUUGUUGAUUCAUUGCGCAAACAAACCUGGAUGAUCUCAGUGAAAAGAAAGAUGUGUAUGGGUAUGAACGAAAAGACAGCAUCUCAGAUUGACAGUGACAUUGCUGGUAAUUCUCCUUGCUUUGCCUUUGUGAAAUAUCACCUCAGAUUUUCUCACAGGAUGAGGUCAGAGGCUUACUAUCAUGGAGGUUUACUUCUUCCUUUUGCUGCAGGGAGAAAGUAAGUCAAAUAUGAUCAUCAUUUUUGGGCAAGUAAGAAAAUUGCUCAGUGCUUAUUGGAAUGUGCAAAAAAAACUGAGAAGAAAUAAAAUGUACUGUGUCUUGCCAUUUUCUGCAAGCAGGAUCAAUUAAUUUUUUCUAAAAAAAAAAAAAAAAAAAAGACAUGCUCACCACAUUCUGCUUUCUCUUCAUCCAGAAAGUCAUCUUAAUGUUUUGUAAAAAAUGUAAAUGUUCCUGUAUAUUUCUGUUCUGUUCCCUGCAGGUCAAGAACGAUUCGGGAACAUGACACGAGUUUAUUACAAAGAGGCUGUGGGGGCGUUUGUGGUCUUUGAUGUGACACGCGGCUCCACAUUUGAAGCAGUGGCUAAGUGGAAACACGACCUGGACAGCAAGGUGAAGCUGGCUAAUGGCAACCCCAUCCCUUCAGUGCUCCUUGCCAAUAAAUGUGACCAGAAGAAAGACAUCUCCAACAGCACAGCCCUUAUGGACAAUUUCUGCAGAGAGACUGGCUUUCUAGGCUGGUUUGAAACCUCAGCUAAGGUGAGAAAUCAAGACUAUAGACAGAUAUAUAACACUGGUGAAUACAUGAAUGCAAUGUCACAAUCAUUCCUGUAUUAAGGCCUUCCUGUCUGGUGUUUUAUUUCUAGCUCCUCUUACUCUUUCAACCAAAGCUAAACAGCAUGAAAUACCCACACUUAGGCCCCAGAUUAAUGUAUUCUGAAAUAUCUUGCACAUGAAAUACAUUUUUACUGCACUAUUUCUCAAGUCACGGUCUAAACAUGAUAGCAAUGGCUUCAAAUUAUAUUUACCGCAUGAGCGUGACUUUGUUUGUGGAAAAUUUGUUUGUUAAGGGCUUAGAAAUGCCAUCAUUGCUGAGCCAUUACAAGAGGGCCCACUGGGCUUUCGUUAAUACAUUUAGCCUUUUUAAUGAACGGAUGUUUAUGCUUUCUUUUUGCAGAUGGGAAACCCUUAGAAUGGAUCUUCGAGCAAUGACAGUCUUAUUUUAGGUGUUGUAAUCACCCUGUGGUGAUUGUGAAUUAGGUUUUGUUGAGUACUUUAGCCCUAACUUUAUAUUUUUUCAUAGUUGAUCCAAAAGUCAGGGGUUAAGUGUUGAAGUUUGAAAAUCAUUAGAGUGAAAUAGAAUCAAGAUUAGAACAGGAUUCAUUGUGUUUUUUAUUUUGUGAAACUAAAUGAUGAAUUAAGACAUUUCUGCCAGGAUAGUCUUUUAUUCUGCGGUCUUUUCCCUUCAUGUACAUCAUGUGGGACCUUUGUCUUUAAUGGGAGUAAUGGAAUAUGUCAGACAGCUGUUGUGGUUUGGUGGAGUUGACAUUGAUUGAAGUUGCAAACUGAGGGGCAGGGCUCCGAAAGACAAUGUUCUGAGGUGUUCCUUGUCAGCCCUGGUCAUGGUGUCACAAGUUUGGUGUUGCUUUAUUAAUGUGUUUACACCGCGCUUCUCCAGCUUUGUCCUUGUGCGUAGAUUUUGGUGAAGUGAGAUCACUUUUGCUGCUUCUCACUUCAGUUUUCAUUUAAGAGAUGGGUUCACUCCUUUUUACUCUGAAGUGUGUGAAGAAGGUUCAAGAUCAUUUACUAGUGGGAAAGAAACACAACAAAAAGAAAAUAAGACACUUCUAGUACAUGUGUUUAAUGUAAAAUACUACUCUUAAAAUUGUAAUUUAAGUAGUUACCACAGUUGCAAAACAAACCUGAGACAGAAGAAACCAAAUCUUCCUCUCAAUUGCACAAUGAAGCACAAUAAUAUUUGUACAAAUACUUCAAACUUAUACCAAACUGUUUAUAGUCCUCUUACAUACUUUGUACAGCUGGUGGUUAGUGUUAAAACUUGUUCCAUCAAAUUGAGUUUAAACUCAGGUUGCAGAAGUAUGAUCAGAAGAUUACAGUAUAUGACAGCACCUAGCUUAGUCUAACAAAAAGCCUGCUCUUGUUGAGUGAUAAAUGACUUCUGUUAAAACAUGCAGUUCUGUCUGAGUCACUGUAAGUCUGAUUUUUGGAGAUACCCCCAAAAAAUCUCCCAGGUUACUUUUGAUUCCUUUCACAUUUGCCAACUAACCUAAGAAGUCAAAAAGCCAGAGACCCUUGCAUAGCACACUUUUACCCAUUAAACCAUGACCAUGUCCUCUACUUUCAUGUGGGGGUAUGCUUUGAUGAUUUUUGGCAGCCAGAGUAAAAUUAUUAACUCAUUCAAUUUUUUGAAUAACCCAAGGCUCUGCAUCUCUGCCACAUGCUCUGUCAUGUGAAGACUUUGCUUGAGUGUGUGUGUGUGUGUGUGUGUGUGUGUGUGUGUGUGUGUGUGUGUGUGUGUGUGUGUGUGUGUGUGUGUGUGUGUGUGUGUGUGUGUUUCCUUCCAUUCCCAUUCUUUCUGUGAGGUGUCGUUGAGCGUGCCUAGUGUGUGAGUCAACCUUAAACAACCUGUGAUUGGAAUGCAGUAAGGACUACCAAACCUUCUUUCACUUUGUCUUUUUAACUCUAUGCUUUCCAAAAUAUUUCACAACAAGACACACUCUGGAAGAAGCAUGUAGUGCUUUUGUUAAAUUUUAUUUAUUCAGGUUAGACCAGGGCAGGUUAUGGGGUCAAUCAUUAAGGAGCUGUUCAUUUAAAGAAGAGGCCUUUAUCAGCCUCUUCUUUAAUGAUUUUGUUGACCUAGUCAGGGGAUUAUUAUGAAUUCAAAUCUUCCACUAACUGACAAAUUUAAAGCUCCUGUAAGGAACUUAAGCUUUGUCUCAAUUUGGCACCCCCUAUGGAACAUCAGCCUUUGCUCCUAUUGUCCUCUACAGUGUCCUCUGACAAAAAAGAUUUCUUCCUGCUGACUUUUGACAGUCAAAUGUAUCAUUAUUCUGCAUAUUUUAAAUAGAAAUUGUUAAAUCAGUGCUAUUUCUUUAGCUGCUUGGCUGUGACCUACCCCCUCCCACUAAUUUAUAACUUUAGAUUUUAAGAAUAACACUUGUCAGUUUUGUUGCAUAUGUUCUUGUUUGCUUUUGGAAAGCAUAAAAUAGCAUCAUCAUGAAUUUAAAUCUGUUUCAUAAACAUAUUUUAAGCAUAAUAUUUUACAAUAACAACUGAACAACCAUAUUUAAGAGAAAAAAAUGUGUGUAAAGGAAAUGUUAAUGGAUUUGUGGUUUUAAAAUUUGACGCAUGCCGUUUUUGUUAACAUGAAGGAGGCAGGCUCAGUCCCAGUCAGAAAGGGGAGCUCCAAAUCUUAAGGUUUCUUUUCUGGGACCCUGCCAUGUUGUACUAUCAUCUGUUUAAAUGUCUGUAGCCACUGUAUAAAUCCUCUAUGCUUAACUCUCCAAGGACUCACCAAGUUGUGUAUCCAGAAAAGUCUAGUCACUGUCUUUUGCAACACAACCCUAGAAAGUUGGUUAAAAUGUACAUCCUGCCUCUGACCCAUGGCAGAUAGCUAACCAAAGUUUAUUAUAGAGUGGUGCUCCCACAUUUUAGAGAAGGCCAGUGCUGCCCAAAGGCCACCCCUUAGAAACAUCUCUGCUAUUUAUAUGCACUAAUUAAAUGUAACUCUCUAGAUUUUAUUUUAUCUUUUAAAUCCAAUUAGACUUUAACUUCCAACACAAGCACACUGCAAUACUCCCUGAAACAUUUAUCCUGUGUUUGAUUUUUAUCACUGAAGAAAAGUCAAAAUAUUUAUUACUUUUUCAACUCAUGGGAGGACAGCCUUGGGCACAAUAUGAAGGACAGUAACAAAAUUGAUGUUUUCAUCCUUUUUUUUUUUUUUUUUUGGCACUGUCGCUGUUUUACAGCUGGUACUCGAGUUGAGGGGGAUGAGGGGAGAUGGCAUCCCCCCGAUAUGAAAAUGGUCAAAAUCAUCCUCCUUCUCAAACGGUCAUCCCAACUUUCUAUCCUUGAGCCAUUUUUGUCAACAAAUGUGGAAAUAUUACUACUAUUUUAACAUUAGAAAUAGUACCACAAUUUCAACGUUUAGCAGGUCUGACAGAAUGGCUUCCUCACUGACUGCAGACAGCGCAUGGACACAUACCUACAUACACGCCAAACAUUUUCCUCCCCACCAGCGUCGCUAAUUACCCACUAAACAGAGCUACUUUUCCUUAUCCCUUCUCUGUUGGAUAGGGUCAUUCAUGUAGAUAUUCAUCCCUCCACUUACUUGCAGGGUGUCCAUUCACGCCAUCAUGCCAUCAUGCCGGCUCAUGUUUUCAAAUGAGGAAAUAGAGCGCAAGAUUUCGUGUUGUAUAUAGGAGAAUAUGGAUAUGCGCAUAUUUAGUAAAAUACUCUGGGUGAGGCGACAUGUAUGAAAAUCACUUUUUUUUUCCCUUUUCUAAAAAAAUGACAUCGUUGAGCAGCACUGGUGACGCUGCUGUUAUUUCAGUAUCAUGGCUAAGCGACAUGGACAGAUCAAUCUGUGGGAUAAUGUAAUAAAAUGAUUAUCUUUAUGCUUUAGUAACAAUAAAAUGGGUACAGAGUUGGUUUCCCACUAUGUGCAAAGUCAUCAGAACAAAAUAUCUGUCCCAAACAAUAAGAUCCACCAUCUCCCCAUUUUUUCUCUUUCAUAACUCGACUACUGCUUACAGCUGUUGCUCAUACCACAGCAGACUCCUUCAUCUAAAGGGGGUUUGUGGGCUAAAACAAAGAAAGAAAAGUCAAGUGUCUGCAGCAUUUCUGUACACAUACUUUGGAAUAAUUGUCUCAUGUUUCAUUUUGACCUUUUUUCAGGAAAACAUCAAUGUAGACGAGGCAGCAUGUUUCCUGGUAGAGAACAUCUUGGCUAAUGACAAAGGAUUACCAUAUGAGGAGAGCAACGGAGACCGGAUCAAACUAGACCAGGAGACUGUGGCUGCUGAGAGCAAGUCAGGCUGCUGCUAACACUUACAUUAGCUAUCCGCCUCUCUUUGGCAGGGUCCAACCUGCUCCCCUGGCCUGUGGCUCCAGCCCCUGACUGCAGCCUCUCAGAGGAACAUGUAUUGAUUUGGGUCUCCAAAGCUCCAGGAUUGUCUUCUCUCUGCACUGAUGCCCAUUUGAUCAAAGUUUCUCAUUGUAGCUUCUCUAGGGCUGAAUAAAACAACCAUUUAAGAUUGAUGUAUUUGUCACCACUCUUGGCUUUUAGCUCCAUAUCCAUGUCUAAACCACAGGACCCAUAGGAAUGAUUUUUUCAUCCCGUAUCUCUGCAUUCCAACCUUAGCUAUAAUCCCAUCCAGCCCUCCACACUUGAACUCUGCCACCCUCCCUGUCACCUCAAUGACCUCUUAAGCCUUGUACUUCACCAUUCCUUAAUAUGAGCUGCCACCUAUAAAAACUCAUAAAACACAAAGUAGUAAACUACCUGUAGCCUCUGUCACUUUAGUCAGUUCUCUCUUGUUUUUCAACUUUAUCUGUAAACCAAGACACUUUUUGUUUGUUAUUUCUAAAAUGUUUCUCCAGUAAAUAUUGUUAAUGUCCCGUAAACAAUGUUGCACUCCUAUGUCUGUAUCCCUGCUGAUCUUCAGACUACUGUGUAAACAACUAAAAUAUUAUUUUGCCUCUGUCUUUAUGCCAUAUUGUCUUGGAACUAAUGUGCCAUAAUACCAUAUUUUUUUGUAAUGUUGAUCAGAGGAGAACACUUGUUGUUUUACUCAAUUAUUUACAAGUGCACAGACAGAGAACAAAGUAUUUCAAGAAGAAAUGUAUGAAUGGCACUCUGUGUGACAGUGAAAAACUUUGUUCCAUUGCACCAGUAUAACAAUGUAAAUCUUGUUUACAUAAGGUGUUUUUUUAUGUGUCAGGGCAUGCAUUCUGCAACCUGUGGGGUAUCAUAAAAACAGAAUCCCAAAGAGGACUUCUCUCUCUCUUGUACAUAAGGAUGGUAACCUGUUUAAGUGUUCAGAUGAAAUAUGAAGAAUUUUUUUAAACAUGGAGUUGAGGUUAAGUUUACAUGUGAAAUACUUUGAAUUUACAAGACCAAAAGAGAAUAAACAUUUUGACAAAUGUUGUCCUCAACUUAUUAUGCUGUCUAAUGAAUUUUGACUGACUCAUAUAUUUUGUGUAAGCCUACACUUGGAAAGCAUUUAAGAGGUCUGCACUGUAAACUGAAAUGGUAUAUCUUAAAGAAUGAAAAAAAUGUUUGUUUACUUUUCAA